AUGAGCAAGCUCAACACCGAUACCCUCAAGGAAGGCGUGAGCUUCAUCUUGGAGAAGUCCAAGGAGAAGCCGCGCAAGUUCGUCGAGACGGUUGAACUCCAAAUCGGCUUGAAGAACUAUGAUCCGCAAAAGGAUAAGCGUUUCAACGGCACGGUUAACCUGCCGGUGAUCCCGCGCCCG